AUGGAGUUGGGAUAUCCUUCUCUUCCUCAGGGACUCGCUCUCUCCACGGACCAAUCAACCAGCCGCCCUACGACAAAUCGAGCAUUUGCCCUCAACACUUCUAUUGCUCCGAAUCCCGCUCUCACAGCACAGAUCUCUGUCUCCAUCCCGACCUCCACCCAGAGCUUCAGCGUUGAUAUCAAUACCUAUGGUCUGCCUCUACACAAUGAGUACGCCAACUCUUCAGCGCUGGGUGGGAUGACAGUGUGGUGGGUGCCACAACAACUUCAGGUGCAGACGCACCAGGGCGCACAGCUUGCACCGAACUGGAGUGCUCCUCUUGUUUAUUCAGCAGGUCUCAUGAUGCCUACCUUUCGGCCUUGA